CCCCGUUUUCUGUUGACGUGGAUUGUGAACAUUGAGCAACCCUCAGCUGCAGAAAUGUCAUCUACAAAGUUCACGGAAGUGAACCCAACAGCACAAAAUCAUCGGAUCCCUUUAAAUGAUGGGAACAGCAUUCCUCUUAUUGGACUGGGAACGUACUCCACACUCAGAACAACUCCCAAAGAUGCAUGUUAUAAUGCUGUUAAAGUAGCAAUUGAUGUGGGUUACCGGCACUUCGAUGGAGCGUGGGUGUAUGGUAACGAACAUGAGGUUGGAAGGGCCAUUCAGGAAAAGGUUGCUGAUGGGACAGUGAGCCGUGACGACAUCUAUUACUGUGGAAAGCUUUGGAACACAUGCCACCCCCCAGAGAUGGUCCGGCCCACCUUGGAGAAGUCUCUGGGACUCCUGAAGUUUGAUUACAUCGACCUGUACAUCAUCGAGCUGCCGCUGGCCUUUAAGCCAGGAGAUGAGAUUUACCCACGAGAUGAAAAUGGGAAGUAUUUGUACCAUCCGACAGACCUGUGCGCCACUUGGGAGGCUCUGGAAGCGUGUAAAGAUGCAGGUCUGGUCAAGUCGAUCGGCGUAUCAAACUUCAAUCGCAGACAGCUGGAGCAGAUCCUGAACAAGUCAGGCCUGAAGUACAAGCCAGCUGUAAAUCAGGUCGAAUGUCACCCAUACUUGACUCAGCCCAAGUUAAGGGAAUUUUGCAACCUCCAUGGCAUUGUCAUUGUGGGAUACAGCCCCCUGGGCACCUGCCGUGACCCCCUCUGGGUGAACACGAAGAUUCCCUCUUUGCUGGAAGAUCCUGUCCUCAACUCUGUGGCAGCUAAAUACAAGAAAACGAGUGCUCAGGUGGCCCUGCGUUACCAGAUCCAACGCAAAAUUGUUGUCAUCCCAAAAAGUUUUAAUUCCGAGCGCAUCAAACAGAACUUUGAGAUUUUUGACUUUUCCUUAACGGAUGAAGAGAUGAAAGCCAUUGAUGCACUCAACAGAAACGAACGAUAUGUGGAACUUUUAAUAUGGAAGGAUCACCCAGAAUAUCCUUUCAGUGAUGACUAUUAAACUGGAGCGACUAUCGGAAGAAGUGCAAGGAUGCAGAAGGAAAGCAGUGAUACUGAAUGGAGGAACACAGAAUUCAUUUGGCAGUAUAUACCAAAACACACUUUUGAGCCUAAUAAGUGCAAAUAAAAAAGUAGCUCUCCCAGAGCUCAUGUCACACAAAGA